AUGUCCACGGCACCCAAGUCCAAGCGGCGAAAAUCCGAGCAAAGGUCCAGGCAUGUCUACAAGGUCGGCAACGGCUUUAUUGACCUGGACUUUUUCCUCAACGGCCCUUCGAAAAAGGAUGCCGACGACGAGGUCAUAAAAGAGGCAGAGUCAACGACAGAACCAGGGGCAGAGGCGUCUCCUAUACAAGAGAGGCCGACACCCUAUGAUGCCACGGACCAGGAGGAACAGCCAGGAUCCGAUGCGGAUGGCGCCGCUCUGACCUCUGGACACCGCAAGAGACGGCGAGGCAAGCAGCGAGGCGGCGACGGCGGCCGUUGGCGCGACGACUACAUCACGGGUGAUCCGUCUCUGUUUGCCACGCGGAAAGCCCUGCCCAUCUGGGACAGCCGCAACGCAAUCCGGCAGUCCCUGAGCACGAACGACGUGCUCGUCCUUGUCGGCGAGACAGGUUCCGGCAAAAGUACGCAGGUGCCUCAGUACCUAUGCACAGAACCCUGGUGCACGGGUCUUGUGGCCAUUACACAACCGCGUCGAGUGGCCGCGACCACGCUGGCCAACCGCGUGUCGCGUGAGAUGGGCACGCCACUCACAGGAAUCGAUGCGAACGACCCCAAUGCACGUGGCCGCGUGGGUUACUCGGUGCGGUUCGAUCACAAGGUACCAAAGGGCACCAAGGUCAAGUUCCUGACAGAGGGAAUGCUGUUGCAAGAAAUGGUGCGAGACCCGGCGUUGCGGCAGUAUAGUGCGGUCGUCGUGGACGAGGUGCACGAGCGGAGCGUGGACGCGGACCUGUUGUUGGGCUUUCUGAGGCAGAUACUGCAGUCGUCUGCCAAGGGCCGAGCGGCCGCCAACGACGACGACAGUUCGGCGCGUGCUCUUGGAAAACGGCAACAGCGUGACAGCAGACACCCUCUCAAAGUGGUGGUCAUGAGUGCGACGGCUGACGUGAACAAGAUCCACUCCUUCUUCACCACCGAUGCUAAUACGGUUGUUGCACCAUCCGCGGCCCGUCCACAACACGCCAAAGUCGACGUCUUGCACAUCCCUGGACGACAAUUUCCCGUUGAGAUCAUCCACACGCCCGAACCCGUCGAGGACAUCUUGGAGGCCCUGGUCAAGACUGUGUUCCAGAUCCACGUCCAAGAGCCGCUGCCUGGCGACAUCCUCGUAUUCCUGUCCGGCCAGGAAGAAAUCGAUGCCGCCAAGCGCCUCAUCGACGAACGAGCGGCUAACCUUGUGUCCAAUGUGCCCCAUGUCGAGUCCUGCCCUCUCUACGGCCAGCUGUCCAUCGAGGCCCAGAACAAAGCCUUCCAACCAGCCAGCCGCCCCUUUACGCGCAAGGUCGUGCUCGCCACCAACAUUGCCGAGACGUCCGUUACUGUGCCCGGUGUACGAUAUGUCGUCGACAACGGCAAGGCCAAGGUCAAAAUGUUUCGCGCGCGUCUGGGCCUCGAGUCGCUGCUGGCCAAACCCAUUGCCAAGUCAUCGGCCAUCCAGCGCGCCGGCCGUGCCGGUCGCGAGGGUCCGGGCAAGUGUUACCGACUGUACACGGAGCAAUCGUACAACCAGGAGCUGGCACCCGUCGAGCUGCCCGAGAUCUUGCGCAUUGACCUUCUGGGCGCCGUACUGACCAUGAAGGCGCGCGGCAUCGACAACACGUUUACGUUCCCGCUCAUGGACGAGCCGGACCACGACCUGAUGGAGCGGUCGCUGAUUCAGCUGCGCCGACUGGGCGCGCUGGCCGAUGACGUUACCAUCACCGAGGACGGCCGGACCAUGUCGCUGCUUCCCGUGUCGGCGGCGUUUGGCCGCGUGCUCCUAGACGCCGCGGCGGCGGGCUGUCUGCUCGAGGCCAUUGACAUUGUGGCGUGCCUGACGGCGGGCGACGACAUCUUCUUGCGGCUGCAGUCGGAGCAGGACCGCGACGACGUCGACGAGUUCCGCAAGGAGCUGUUCCGGCGCGAGGGCGAUCUGCUGACGUACCUGACGACCAUGCAGCGGCUCGUCACUGUGCGCAGCAACCUGUGGAAGCCGUGGUGCCAGCAGCGCCGCAUCAACCUGCGCAACAUGCGCCAGGCGCUCAACAUUCGCCGCCAGCUGCGCGGCAUCUGCGUUCGGCAAAAGAUGCUCGCCGCCGAAGACGUGGCCGAGGCCAACGAGGCGCUCUCGUCGUCCGAAGACAGCUUUGUGCCCCUACCGCCCGACCGCACAGACGCCCUGCUGCGCUGUUUCCUGAACGGAUUCGUCCUCAAGACGGCCAUGCUGGCGCCCGAUGGCAGCUAUGUGACGACGGAGGGCAAGCACGUGGUCGCCAUCCACCCGUCGAGUGUGCUGCACGGCCGCAAGACGGAGGCCAUCAUGUACCUGGAGCAGGUCUUUACCACCAAGAACUAUGCGCGCAAGGUAAGCGCCGUGCAGAGCGACUGGAUUGUCGAGGCGCUGCGGUCGCAGCAGAUCUGA